AAGCUCGACACGAGCUCGCGGCGUUCCAGGGGUGCUCGCGCGGAGCUCGCGGCGUUCAACGGAUCGGGGCGACGGUGGCAGCGGGCAGCGGCUGGCGUACCGGCGCAAAAUUCUCCUCCCGCUCCCCGAAAGCGUAGCCUGCCCCGAGCCCAGCGCCUCGUCGACGGCGACCGGAAGGCUGCGAGCACCAUGGCGCAGGAGCUGGGCGACGAGCUGGGACGCCUGCUGCGGGAGCGGGGCCCCAUCGACACCGCGCUGGAGAAAUUCGAACGCCAGACGAGGGUUCGGCGCGAGUACCUGGCCUACGGUGCGAUGGGCGUCGUGGCGAUCAUGUUCGCCAUGGACAUGAUGGGCGCCUUCCUCUGCCAGACGAUAAGCGCCCUGGUCGGCGUGCUGGGCUCCCUGCGGGCCCUCGAGCGACAGGACCCCGUGGCCCUGCAGAAGUGGACCUCCUACUGGCUCAUAUACAUCAUCCUCAACGUCUACUUUGACUGGCUCGUGCGCCUCAUUGGCCACUACUUCAUCAAAAUCUACAUGUUCAAGUUCCUGCUACUCGCCUGGUGCGCGCUGCCCAUCGAGAGCAACGGGUCGGACUACAUCUACAACAAGCUGCUGGCGCACCGGCUGUUCCGGUCGCAGGGCGCCGGGACGUCGGUGGCCAAGAAGACCGCGUCGCCGCCGCUCCAGCCGCCGUCGGGAGACGAGCGACGCGACAAAGUGCGCGCGAGUGGCUCCCCUGAUCGCCGGUCGGGUGUCGUCGCUUGAAGAUGCCCGUUUCUCGGAGGUCUGUCGAUGGUCACCGGUGUGUGCGUGUCGCCCCGAUCUGGCAAUAAAAAAUUCUUUUGGGGGGAAAACCCCCGCAGUGA